AUGGCUCAAGGUAAACGCUUUUUCGAUGAUGUUAAAAAGGAGUUGGAAUGUUCCGUGUGUCGGGAGUUGUUCAGUGAAGUCAACGAACCAAAAAUUCUUAAAUGUCUCCACACUUUCUGUAAGAAUUGUCUCGAAGCUUGGCUGAGGAGGCAGCGUGAAGGACAGCUAAGUUGCCCGACAUGUCGUCAAAUCACCGAGUGUCCUGACAGCAACAUUAACAGCCUCCCAUCCAACCUUUUCUACAAACAGAUGGUAGAGAUUGUAGAGGCGUAUAGUGGUACAGGACAAGAAGAUGAUUCGCCGCAUUGUGGGAACUGUGAGGAAAAGAGGCCACUAAAGUUUUAUUGUUUUGCCUGUAACACCUUCUUGUGUGAGGAAUGCGCUGGCGCACACAGCAAAUGGAAGUCGUUUAAAGACCAUCAUGUCAAGGAAAUUGGAAAAUUUGAGUCAAGCGAUGUGCAAGAUUACGCCCGAAAAUCCAACUUAUGUAAGAAACACAAGGAUGAGUUAAGAUUUUACUGUGAAAACUGCAACAUUUGCAUUUGUCGUGAUUGCGCCAUAUUGGAGCACCGUGACGAUAACCACUACAUAAUUUCACUUGAACAAGGAUUUGAAAACAAAAAAUUAGACAUAACAAGUAAAAUGAAAGACGUUGAAGCAAUUGCAAGUCGUUUAAGGGACCAAAAACAAACGCUGGAGAAGAAAAAUGUAAGGAUACUUGGAAACAUUGAUCAAGCGACGAGUGAAAUUCACCGAGUCGCGGAACAAUGGAUCAGCUUCAUUCGCCAAAAUGAGGCAACUAUGACCAAAACGUUGCUCGAGCAGAAAAAUUCUUUUCAAGGUACAUUUUCAUCCCAAAUGUCUCGCUUAGACGAAAAACUCUUUGAGAUAGACAGCAGCUUGGUAUUUAGCACCGACGUUCUCGAUCGAGAAAAUCUUCCAGAGAUUUUGAACGUGGAAGAAAUACUGGAUCAACGGUUUCAAGAACUUUCUUCAGAAUUUCGCGUCAAUCUGAAUUAUUCAUGCGUCAAGUACGUUCCAAAUGAUACAUCACCGUCAAUGAACGACUUGCUUGGAAAGUUAAUCUUCACUAAAACAGACCCUAUGCUCACAACAGCAAAUGGCAAGGGACUUACCGAAGGUACUGAAGACGAAGUGUGCUUUUUUAAGAUAGAAACAAGGAAUUCGCAGGGACAAAUAACUUACUCUGGCGUAGACAAAGUCGGUGUUGACAUCCGAUCAGUGGAUACAGGAAACGUCAUAGUCCCCGAAAUAAUAGACUCAAAAAAUGGCUGCUACGAAGUAAAAUACAAACCCAAGAUUGCAGGAAAAUUUGAAGUGUGUAUAACUGUAGACGGUGAGCCAAUCGUUGACAGUCCAUACCGACUUAAAGUGAAUGAAAAGAGAAGGCGAUCCCAACCGACAGGUAUUGUCAAUGCUUAGUCUCAGUUGUUUGAAAAGUUCGAUUAGUACACUAGUCUAACAAAGAAGGUUAACUUACUGGUUUUACAAGUGUAAUAGAUAAGAACGAUAUCACGAAGAACCUGACUUACUAAAACGGAUUUAUAGCCUAUUAAGACAACUGACAACUGCAAACUGGCCAGCUUCAUUUCAGAAAGAAGUUAGUACAGCCUUUGUUCUGAAACGUAAAAAUGGUUAGUCCUUGUAGCCUUUUUAGAUAAAUACGUAACGGCGAAAUACGGGCCCUAUACUAUUUCACAGCACUUCAUUUAUCUGUCUAUUGUGGGGCAGCUUGAAAGAACCACCAUUCUCUGGUGACCAUGUACCCUUAAGGUACCAGGGAGGGUAGCUUGCUUGGGACCUAUAUAUAAGGUUGUGUCUGUGCAUCAUGAAGCCGUCAAAAAAUGUUUUGAAACUAACAUAAUCAAACUUAUGCCAGGGACAGACUAGAAUUACAGAUUAGCAGUUCGGGUCAAACCAUCUAGCUCAUCAUUUUUUUGGGGGAAUAAUAUAUUGAUUCUUUUUCGACUUCUUCUGAUCUUAACGUAUUGAGUUUGUAAACUUAAAAAUAAAAGAGAAAGAAAGAUCAGAAUUAUAGAGAGGAAAUUUAAAAAAAAAACAAACAAAAGAAUAAGGAGCGCGAACCAAGGGGACUAGCGAGGGGAAGUUUUGAUUUUAAUUGUCAGUUUCUUAAAUAACCAACCUUACUCAGUAUAACUUUACUAAUUUACGUUUUUUCACAUAAUCAAAUAUCAGGCCUACCCGUGGUGAGUCUCCAGUCAAACCGAGUUUUAACCUGCAACUUGUGCAGCUAUAAUUCUAUUAAGCAAAUGUCUUCAUGUGGUCAUCACUAUUGUAAUUGGUGUCUGAAAAUUAUGCAGUCCCUUGGUUACUGUGUAUCGUGUGAGUACUUAAGGGAUUUAGGAGGUAGAAUCUUAUUUGGAGAUCAACCUGACGGACAUAUGAGUUGGAGGACUGAACCAAGAAACUUUCUCCCGGGCAAUGAAGAUUACGGGACUAUAAUAAUAAGCUGCAACUUUGACAGAGGAGUUCAAGGUACUUCUUUUAAUUGUUGGUUUAUAUGAAUUCGACUAUUAGAAAACGGAUUCUUAUUCAUUUUGGCUUUAAUUUAUACUUUGACUCCAAACAGGACGUCCUUCAUGGGCGAUACAAAAAAGUUUAUCCCUUUCUCCCUUGUUGCCUGGACUAAAUGAGUUAAUUUGAGCGCAGGAUUAGCAUAAGACACAAUAUGUAGGUUAGGUACAAGCACGUCCAUGGUUGCAAUCUGUGUCGUGUUAUCGACUGUAAUUUUCUGUUCAAUUUUUUUUUUUGUGAAUGUGUUCUUUGUUUACAGGGCGAAUGCCACUUAUAACUAUGGUUGACAUCCCUUGUAUUAUUAUAUCACGCGGUUUGGUCGUUUCUGGCUCGAAUUGUAGGCACUUUUAGAAUUAAUUUUCAGAAUAAACUAAUUAAAAGUACACUAGGAAAAUGACAGAAAGGCAUUAAAAUUGGCUGGAAUUCCAUAUAGUCAUCUUCCAGGGAUUCAUUCACAUAGUGCGCUUAGGCUGCCUGUGAAAAUAUACAAAUAAUACUUCACAUUUUCAGACGAAGACCAUCCUAAUCCUGGUGUACCUUACUGCUGUUACUUCUGCACAUUCUACCUUCCUGACAACGAAGAGGGGCGAGAGCUCUCCGUGCUUUUGAGGAGAGCGUUCAAUGCAAAUCAGAUGUUCACAAUCGCAGAGAAUAGUAUCGUGUGCAAUGGUUUGGAACUGAAAACGAGUCUACUAGGCGGUCCAUCAAAGUAAGUAAAGUUCUUUGUACAUCAAAGGGAAGUGCCUGGCCACAUAUAUUAGAGAACGUCCAAUACGUCUGAUACGUUACGACUUCAAAUAAGGAAAAUGCAUUAAACGCGAAAAGACUUUUAAAGUCAGACGUUUAAAAAUCAGACGGUUAAAAACGUCUGAUUGACUCACUUUAUAGACCUCUUUCUACUAGUCUCAGACGUUUAAGCUGUUUGGACUAGAGAAGACUCCGCAUUUUUGUCCAGACGUCUUAGAAGUGCUCUGGUAUGACUGAAAGACAAUCCGUUUUUGGCACGAAUUAACCCUUACUUCGACGAAAAGGGUUACCACUGCCAACUCUAUCUGAUUCUCCUUCUGGGAUUCCCUACCUCUUAUAAUUAAGUGUAAACGAAAUCUCAAGGAAAUCUCAGUGGCAAAGGGUAAAAUAACCCAAAAGGUUGGUAGCGGUGGAGUCGGCUGGCACUUCAGACUAAUGAUACAUUUACAUCCGUCUGACGAAAGACGAAAAGUAGUCGUGGUGAAGAUAAUUAAAUAGUUUUUUCAGGGCAGCUUUUCAAUUAUAACACGUAAUAACUACAUAUUAAUUUUCAAAUGAUGAUUGCUUUUAAUAGAACACUCUUCAGCGUAUUAGAUUGUUAAAAGGGUAUGGCGUAACCUCCCCUUUCAUUGCAUACCCCACUUGGAAAGUUCGUUGUUCAACCCUUAUGAAAAUUAGCGAAAAUCUGGUACAACUUUUAACAAAUAGAAAUCGCAAUCUCAAUCUCAAGCUUGCUUAUUUUUAUUCUUUUCUCCUCACAGUUACGGAUAUCCAGACCCCGGAUACCUUAACAGAUUAAAGCGACAGUUAGCUGACAAGGGUUUUACUAUAUAG